GCUUCGAGUUUGGGUUGGAGGGUUUUUCCCUGCCUGUCCAUCCACUGCGCUGUUGUCUCCCCGCACUCCAUGGCCACAAAUCCUCCCUUCUCAAAUGAGUUUAGGAAGUUGUGCACUCCUCCCUGGUUUGAGUUUUGCGCAAAGAAAGAAAGAAAGAAACUCCACCGUGAUAAUGACAUAAGUUCUAAUGGGGAAGUCUCGCUUUCACUGGCUCUGCUUCCCUCUCUUAAAACUACACAGCAACUUUCGGAGGUGCCCUCUUUCAAAAAGGAGUUUGAUAAUUGCGAUCGUCUGCUUAAUCUAUCUGUUUUUCGUGGUUUCACAAGUUGGACACUCGCAGCAACACCGGGCCAGACGGACCGAUAAGGACAACAUUCGGCACACCAGUGGAUUGUAUGAUUUGGAGAUUAACGGUGCCCUGUCAGCCUCUGAGGAUUUGCAGACCGGUGGGAGCAUUGCCGUCCCGACUCGGUCCAACGUGGUCUACAUUACGCUUAAGUCUAAGCGUCUGAAACCGGUACACAUUCGAGGUACAAUCCGACCAAAACUGAGGAGAAAGGUGAGGAGAAAUAAGUCAGAUGAUAUUUCUUCUACACGGAACAAACUUGUCUCCUUGGAGCAGGACUCAGGCCACAUUAAGCGCAACUUUGCACCCAAGACGACCAGGAAAGAAACGAGGGAUGUUAAUUAUAAAUUAUUGGAUAUAAUCCAGAAAUCUAAUGAUGCAAAAGCAGACUCUCACAUUAGCUCAAUACGAAUUUACAGCCAAAGGGCACCGCCGUGGUUCAGCGCGCAGGACGUGAAAACCAUGCGUUUUCUCGCGGAUGGCAAAGUUUUGCGCAUGAAAGAAGUCUCUCGUGGAGACGUCCCGUCACUUCUGAUAUUUGAGGGUGAGACGAACGUUCCACCGGCCGACCAAAAACAUGCAAAAAAGACGAAGGUAUGUGGAGGGCAGUGUGGAAUCGUCCACAGACCCGUGGAUAACACGGAGGUAUUUGCUUUCCAUUUGGACAGGGUGCUGGGGCUUAAUAGGACACUGCCAGCUGUAAGCAGGAAGUUCAGCUUUUUACACGAUGGUCAGGCGUGCCCAGUGGUGUCGUGGGAUCCAUCUCUGUACCAAGAAGACUUUGCUGCAGACAGAGCCACUGUCAGGUUAACAUGGGGUGAAUACCAGAGCUCCUUGAAGCAGAGGUGUUGGCAUAAAAACGUCAGCCCAAAGCCUGGCUCUGGCUGCUCCACAGUUCAUCACUAUGAGUGGAGCAAACUAGUUCUGUUCGACUUCUUGCUACAGAUUCACAGCCGCCUGGAUCAGAGCUGCUGCGGGUUCAGGCCUCGGCGGGAGGACGUGUGUGUCGAGCUGGGCCACCGUGCCGAGUGUGGAGACCAGGACCACGUACGUCUGGCAAACAUCGUCUACAGGGGUCAUGACCCCAGACACCUGGUCUUCACUGACAACAAGGGAUACUUCGACCGCAAUGAGGACAACUUGGACUUCAGGCUUCUGGAGGGAAUCAAGGAGUUUCCAGAGUACGCCAUUUCUGUGCUGAGGAACAGGAAGCUGAGGGAGAAACUCCUCCAGUCCCUCUUCCUGGACCAGACAUACUGGGAGAGCCAGAGCGGCCGGCAGGGCAUCGAAAAGCUGAUCGAUGUCAUCGAGAGGCGAGCCAAGGUCUUACUCACCUACAUCAAUGCGCAUGGGAUCAAAGUCCUCACAAUGAAUGCUUGAUGAUUACUGAGAAACGAGAAAGUGUAUUAAUGGUCUGCUCCUUUUGACUGCACCGCGUCCUGUCAGACUCUCCAUCUACAGGAUGAUGGACCUACUGUAUCUGACGCUUAUCCCUUUAUCACCUCACUGAGUUCAUCUAUCAUAGGAACACAAGAGUACAUGCCACCCAGUAUAAACAUGACAAAAAAUGAUGAAUGAACCAAAAGUACAUAUAUUGCCAAUACGAGACUGUGUGAAAGCCAUUUAUACAGUUAACAGGUUUAAAUCCUUUAAGACCUGGUAUCUACGUGGCACUGACCUUAACUGAGACUUUAAUUAAUUUUGACAUUGACAAUGAGUCUAACUUUUAAUUACGAUUACUUCCUGCUUCUUAGUUUUCUUUUCUUUCCCAGAGGUUUGGAUUUUGUAUGGAUGUAAUGAGCCAAAUUCUGAAUUAUUUUCCCUCAGGUGGUAUUGAUAAAGCCUCUUUUGUUUAGCUCACAGUCCGCAACCCAGACACCCCUCGCACCUUGGCCACGCUGUCCACACUGCACAGAAAACAAAAUAUAUAUAUUUUCAUGAGUUAUUUGAUUUGGUGUGCCCUGUGUACAACCAUACUUAUUAUCAUUAUCAUUCACAGACAUGUUUUCAAUGACCUGGGAACAGUGACCGAAAUGUUUAAAGUGAAUAUUUUUAAUAUGAAAAGCCACACAGUGUUAUUCACCAUUAUAUGCACACUUAUUCAGUUACAAUAUUACAUUUUUGUGGAUUGCUGUGGCCAGUGUUGCUUGAUUUAUUUAUUUUUGUACCUUUGUAAGACUGAAUGUCAGAUGGUCAAUAAAAGCAUUUAUAUUCCAAA